AACCUCAAACUCUCAUAUUGAAAGAACAAAAUAAUACCCAAAACCAAAAGAAAAGAGACCUAGUCAUUUCCUCUGACACUUUCUUAUGUUCUUGUCCUUCCAUCACACUCUCACUUUGUUCUUCACUCUUCUCCCCCUUUUAUAAGAAACCAAACCAAAAAAAAAAUACCCAAAACCAUUCUCAACUCUGUCUCAAUUUUGAUCCUAAAAAUUGUUCCUUUUAAAAACUUAACAAAAUGGGUAAUCAAAAUUUUGAAAACCAACAUCAAUUUUACAACAAUCAACACAAAAACACAUUCCUUCCAAUGUUAUGUUCAAGACCCUCAAUCAAAGAAGUGAAUCUUCCAAGAUGUAGAAUCAAUCAACCAUCUUGUAAUGACCCUUUAUCACCAAGAAUUGGUUGCAUGGGUCAAGUGAAAAGAAACAACAAAAUUGCUGGAUUUCCAUCUUCACAAUACAAAGUUCUAAGUUUCAACAACAAAAGUAGUUCCAUUAUUUCACCAGUUGUCAAAUACUCCAAACUCAAGAAACUUUUUUCUGGUAAGAAUCUUAUUAACACCCCCUCAAUUACUACUACUUCUACUACAAAACAAAAGGUGGUGGUAGGUGGUAAUAUUAGUAAUAUUGUUAAUGUGCCAAAAACUAUUCAAAGCUGUGUUAGGAAUGAAAAUGUUGGUGUUUGCAUAAAAAUUGAUGAAAUGGAUCCUCCUUUGCCUGUGAUCAAGAGAGUGAAUAAAUUGGAAGAAGGAAAUAAAAGUGAUAAUAGUCUUUGGAAAAGAAGAUCAGGUUCAAGAGUACCUCCAUUGAAAAGUUUACAAGUUGAAGAGAUUCAAGUUCAAAAUUCAAUGAUUUGUAUUCAGCCUACAACUGUUUGAUUUGAUGGGAUUAAUUAGAUGAGAUAGAUCCAAAAAAAAUCCUUUUUUUUUCCCAGAUUUUUACUUGCAUCAGAUUAAUAUAGUGUAAAUUUGUUUAUUGUUUCUUCAUUUUUUUUUUAAGUUUUCUCUCAGCUUAAUUAUGAAGAGUUAUGCUUUUUUAUUUCUUGUGGCAUCUCACAUGGGGUGGGGGUGAAGCAGCACAUUGUGCUCAUAUUUGUCUGUGAGAUACUCUUUCAUGAGUAAACUUGAAAAAAGUCAAAGUCAAA